CACAUACACCAAGACACACACACACUUGUACACAUUGAAAUACACUGUAUCUCCUUUCCCAGAAGAGACCAGUCCCCCAUUAGUUCCAUCCUGGUCUCUCACACUCACACACACACUCACACACACUAACAUUCAUCCCUCUGUGCUGUCUGUCGUCUCGUCCUGCAGGAUGGACCGGAUGAGUGAGGAGGCGCUGCGGCUCAACUUGCUGAAGCGCGGGCUGGACGCUGCUGCCGCUGCCGCCGCAGCUGGCCACGAGCGCGCCCAGGAUGAGAUGCUGGCCAAGCGUCUGAAGGUCGAAGGUCACGAGGCCAUGGAACGCCUAAAGAUGCUGGCCCUGCUCAAGCGUAAGGACCUGGGCGGCCUGGAAGGGGUCGGGGGCUCUGGGGGCCUCCUCGACCUGAAGGGGCCCUCGGCCAGCGCCCAUGGGGCCAUGGCCUACGCCGCCUAUGAGGAGAAGAUGAACGGGAGCCUCCGAGGGUCUGUCAUGUCCCACGGCCUCAUGGGAAAGCAUGGGAAGGAAAACAUGGGUGACGAACCUGUGGAUAUGAGUGCAAAGAGGAGUGACCUGGAUCGAGACCGGGAGCGGGACCGAGACCGGGACCGGGAGAGGGAGCGUGAUCGCGACCGGGAGAGGGAGCGUGAUCGAGACCGGGAGAGGGACCGAGACCGGGAGAGGGAGCGUGAUCGAGACCGGGAGAGGGACCGAGACCGGGAGCGGGACCGUGACCGGGAGAGGGAGAGGGAGCGGGAGCGAGAUAGGGAAAGGGAACGCGAUCGACACACUCCCUCCCCAGAUGUGAUUGUCCUGUCGGACAACGAGGCCUCCAGCCCCAAGGCUGCCUCACGCGGAGAGGAACGACUCAAGACCGCAAACCUGGACAUGUUCAAGGGCAAGAGCAUGGAGGAGCGUCAGAAGGUGAUCAAAGCCCUUCAGGAGGAGCUGCGUCUGGAGGAGGCGCGGCUGGUGCUCCUGAAGAAGCUCCGUCAGAGCCAGCUGCAGAAGGAGAACCUGGUGCAGAAGGUGCCUGUGGUGCAGAACAGCUCCUCCAUGGCUCAGGGCUCGUCUGUGCACAGCGCUCAGGGGGGCAUGGCCAAGCUGCCCGUCAGGCCUGGACUUCACAGCCAGGAGCCCCAGAACCUGCGCUCGGUGCAGGGUCAUUCUGUGAUCCGGUCGGCAGCCAAUGCCUCCAUGCCCACCAUGAUGAUGUCCCAGCGGGUCAUAGCGCCCAACCCGGCCCAGCUGCAGGGCCAGAGGAUCCCCCAGAAGCAGGGAGUCAUGCGCACCGCUGCGGGGACCAUCAACAACACUGUGAGCUACCAGCAGGCCACUUCUCAGCAGGUGUCCGCGUCUCAGCGCUCCGGCUCCUCGGCCCUGUACAUGAACCUGGCCCACAUGCAGGCGGCGGCCGCCGCGGGGGCAGGGGGCAUGGGCACCUCCAGCCCCUCUCCCCUGCCCAGCCCCGGUGCUGGUCCGUCCCUGCAGGACCAGGCCAGUAGCCAGGCGGCCGCCAAGCUGGCCCUGCGCAAGCAGCUGGAGAAGACCCUGCUGGAGAUCCCGCCGCCCAAGCCGCCCGCCCCGCUCCUCCACUUCAUGCCCUCGGCCGCCAACAGCGAGUUCAUCUACAUGGUGGGGCUGGAAGAGGUGGUGCAGAGCGUCCUCGACAGCCAGGGAAAGCUCCGCGGCCCUCCGGCUCCCACAGACCCAUUUCUGUGCGCCCAGUGCAAGACGGACUUCACCCCCCACUGGAAGCAGGAGAAGAGCGGGCGCAUCCUCUGUGAGCUGUGCAUGACGUCCAAUCAGAAGAAGGCCCUGAAGGCUGAACACACCAACAGGCUGAAGAACGCAUUUGUCAAGGCUCUGCAGCAGGAGCAGCGAGAGCGAGAGCAUCAGCAACAGCAGGCCGCCCUCUCGGCUGCCAAUUCUGCCGUGACCGCCAACAGUGUGAGCAAGGCCGAGUCCAUGAUCCGACACCACGCCCUCCGGCAGAGGGGUCUUUUUUUCCCAUUCCCCCAGGCCCAGCACCCCCAGACCAGCCAGUCACAGGCCUCUCUGCAGCGGAGCCUGUCCAGCUCAGCGCGCGGCGUGCUGUCCAACUUUGCCCAGGCCUCCCAGCUGUCCGUGGCCAGCAGCCUGCUGGGCAUGACGGGCAAACACGGGCACGGGGGCAGCAGCUCCAGCAGCCGGGCACAGCACGACAGCCGGCGCCAGCUCUACAACAUCCCUGGUGUGAACAUUGCCUACCUGAACCCUGCCAACGUGGGCGGGCAGAAAGGCUCCAGCCUGGCCGACCGGCAGAGGGAGUACCUGCUGGACAUGAUCCCGCCCCGCUCCAUAUCCCAGUCCAUCACCGGCCAGAAAUGAUCCUACCCACCAUGCACCUGACCUAUGGCAACGCCACACACCAUUCCCCUCCCGCACCCUCUUCCCCACCCCAUCCAGCGCCCGUCGCAUGCAGUGCCUGUUAGUCUGCCUACCAACCAAACUGUAAGAGCGACACAAUCAAAAAUGCUUAGUUAAGAAAAAAAGGAAAAAAAAAGUAUAUAUAUAUAACAAAAAAACAGAUAACCUGAAGUCACUUUUGACGGAGGAAGCGAUGCAAAGCUUAAGGUUUUUUUUUUUUUUUUUCUAGUUUUUUUCCUCAGUAUUGCCACCAUUACGUCCAGCUAGCCCGUUACCUGUUACCUGACAGAGAAUUCUGUCUUUCACCAUAUCGGAACUAAAACGCUUAUGUGUGUGUGUGUAUGGUAUGUAUGUAUGUAUGUAUGUAUGUGUGUGUGUGUGUCCACGUGUGCGAGUGCGCAUGUGUGUUGGGAGGCCAUGUACUCUAUUUCUUGCGAUAUUUUUGUCAAGUGUUACUGUCUUAAGUAGUGUUGUGGAAGUUGGAGGCCCGUUUGAAGAAGGCAAACCUUUGGCGGACGGCCUUUUUGAUAUCUGUGUCAAGCAUGCAUCUCUCUUUGAAUGUGUGCAGCACUGAGUAACUCUGAAUAGCUGCAGCUGGACGCACACACCACCGGAGGUUUUUGAACGGCAAUCUCUCUUUAGGAAAAAAAAAAAAAAGUAGAGAAACAACAAGUCAUCUUCAUGAAAAAGCCUUAUCCACGCAGCUGGAAAAGACUGGAGUGAUCUUUUUGAAACAAUGAUCGAUUGCGUUUUUGAAAAAAAAAAAAAGGAGAAUAAUUGCAACUUACUUGGCAAUACUUAAUUAAGUUGUCUGAAACCUUGGGCUAAUAUUUUGGUACCUUUUCUCCCCCCCCCGUAACGUCUAUUUCUUUCAUCCACAUUUUUGUUUCCUACGGCUGUCUCAUGGAGAACAGCUGAGAAAGACUCGGACCCUAGAACUAUCUUGAGGCUGAACUGAAACAUGAGUGAACCCUUGAAGAUGUCUGAACACAACACACAACACUGAACGUUCUCAACAGUGUUUUUAUGGCCGAGGACAAAAGGCCGGUCUUUGCUUCUUGCUCGCUCUCCACGUCCUUGUGUGGUCAGACAAUUCAAUCACAACGAAAAGUCACGGCUCACGACGUUCUGCCCAGACAAGAACUCUGCUGUUCUUCAGGGGCUAGAUUGAGAGGACGGACACAUGUCUGAGGUUGUCAGUCUCUGGGAGAACCCUUGUAUAUAAUGUAUCUAUUUAUGGAUUUAAAAAUAUGCGAGUACGGGUGCCUUUUCCCUGGUCUUUCUGCUACUCUUAAGCUUUGUUUUGUUCCUUUCCUUAUCAGUUGAUGUUAAUUGUCCCAGUUUCACCCAUUUAUUCUUGUUAUUAUUAUUUCGGAGGGAGGGGUGGAGGAGAGAGGGUGGGGCGGCUUUUAAAGUUUAUUUUCUUACUAGAGGUAAGAUUAGUGUUUGGAUUUAAGCCUGCAUAUGUGCAGCGUCUUCUUUAGAUUGUUUUUGGUACCUGAAAGGGACCUUUCCGGAAGACGAUAAUCAGCUCAUUAUGAGAAUUUCUAAAAAUAAAAAACAAAAAAAACUAAAAAACUGUCAGCAUCUAUAGGGAUAAUCUAUAGCCUGUAAGACUCAACGAAGCAAAAUUCAAGGGCAGCAAUUUAUGGGUAUGACAAAGUUACACAGUUACACAUUAGUGCUUGUGGUGAGUGUUUUUUUUUUUCUAGUACUUGUGUUUUGGGGGAUCUGCAUAGGUCAAAGGGUAUUAUUGAGAGUACCUUUGAGAUUCUGGGCCUAUGCUGCAAUGUUUUUGAUAUGAAACUGAUUUAUGCACACAGUAUGUGUGAUGGUAAUGGGGUAUCUCUCUCACCCCAGGUUACAUUCUCUGAAUUCCUUUAUGGUAAUGAAGUGGGUUUUUUUUUUUUUUUUUUUUCAAAAUAAGGAACCUGGUAGAGAUUGUACAAUAGCAUAUGUGUCUCUUGUAAGCUCAGGAGAUAACGAGUGAUUCUUCUUAACGAUAGGAAUUCAGAAGGCUCAGCAUGCUUGACUCAUUGUCUUUCUUCGAUUGGUUAACCUUUCGUACCUCCGCGCUUCGUGUUUGUGAGUUCGACAGGAUUUGGAGGCCAUUGCCAGGAUAUUGCAGGUGGAGGUCUCCUUAAACUUGAGCAGCAGGUGCAAUAUUUGGGGAAACAGGGAAGAUCCUAAUCACAAGAGAGUCCAUUUUUAUUUAUUUCAGCAAGACCUAAUGCUCCUGAAGUCCACAAAUAUGACUUUUUUAAUGUUCAUUAUUAUGUCUCACUAUUGUAGUGUAUAUUCUUCUAUGUACAUCUGUGUUUGUGAAAGAAAAAAAAAAUACCCUGACGUUCAUUUCAGCAUUUUAUACUGUUUUUAGCCCAUUUCAUUUCUUAGAAUUUUUUUUUUUCUUCAGAUAUUCAAUUUAAUCUCAGCAUUGGUAAACUGUUUACAGGAUGGCAUAAAAAGACAAAACAAUUGCUUCAAGAGUUAUAAAGAUGUAUUGUAUAUAAGCCUUUUCUCCUUUGUAGAUUGAAAUCAAGACAGUUGUAUAUUGUGUAGAAAUGCAAAUCAAAAGCCAUGGAUAUUGUGAAACUUGUCGUUUGGCUGUGAUCACUGUGUAUUGUGCAACAAGUGUUCAAACAAAUGAGUUUUUAAACAUUUCCUUUCUUUCACUGUAAUGAUCCAAGUUCAUUUCAUUCACUAGUGUAUUUUUUGUACUCUGUAGUGGCAGUAUGAUCAUUGAUUUCUUGUUUCAAUCUAUUCAAGAAAUGUUUGUCUGAGCUAGUAAUAGGUAACUAAUCUAUUCCAUCCGCUUUAUUUAUGGCAAUAGAACUGAAUGCUGAUUUGAUUUAUGAAUGACUUAAAAAAAAAAAAAAAAACACCCAGUUACACCCAGUCGGAUCUCAGUCGAGAAGGGGGUGGAGGGGCUUCAGCCAGCGAUAGGGUUGUGCGUGGCCCGGUCACGGCCCAGUCACGGCGUUUCCCCAGGUCCAGUGGUCUCUCCCGUGCUCAUUCGGUUUUCUCUAAACUGUGUGGUGGUUUUCUUUAUCUCCUGAACCUUUGGCACUCUUGCAGGAACAUUCAAAUUGAAUGUAGACACUGAUGGAUGGAAACAGGAGUUAAUAGACUCUUUUCUCUUUUUUUUUUUUGGCGAAUAUUGGCCUGUCUGUUUUCAAAGUAAAAUGAUAUGACAGAAUUCUAAAAAAUAAAUGAAAAGCAUAAAGAAUCA